AUGAGGAUGUACUCAGAUGGUAAAAUAAAAUUUCUUGUAACCUCAAGACGUUCGGACAUUAAAACUACCGACGCUUCAGACAUUCAGUUCUCUAAAAUACCUCUUGGUCCUCUGGAUGUGGAGGAAAGCAUAAAAGUUCUAAAUGACAGUACAGGUUUGACGUCUGACUCUGAGCAGGGCACUAAAGUCAAAUUACACAAGAUAGCUGAACUCUGUGAAAACAAUCCCCUUGCACUGAAACUAGCAGGAGGUCUCCUUUCAGAGGAAUCUGAAUACGAACUUGAAGAACUUGAACAAGAACUCGAGCAGAACGCAGCCGAAGCUCUUGGUGUUCAAACAAUCAUAGAAACUGCUUUUGAAAAACUAGACGAUUCUUUAAAGAAUACGCUGCUGUUAUUAUCAGUGUUUCCUAGAUCUUUCAAAAGAGAUGCAGCGAAAGCAAUACUCGUUCAUAACCCGGCAAAACAAUUAACAAAGUUAAAGCAGAGAUGCCUGAUCCAAAGAGAGGGCAACCGAUACCUUAUUCACUUAUUGAUAAGAAGUCACAUUAAGAAGAUCGUUAUACGGGGAGAAUUUUGUCCAAUUCUAACGGAAGGCAAGCAGCGUUUUCUCAGACACUUUUUGUCACUGAUUUUGAGAAAUGCAAAGAAAUUUUGGGAAAAGGAUACAUGUAGGAAAUCUUUUACCCUUUUCAAUGAAGAAAGGAUUAAUCUUGAAUCCACCCUUAGGGAGUUUGCCGGUCAAAAGGAAAUCCAACAUUGCAGUGAAGUGGAAGAUUUGAUGAACGAGUGUCAACAAGUAACACCUUACGUUGAAUAUUGUGUCCACUUUCAACUUUAUGAGGAGUUUCUGACCGGUCUUCAUAAAUUGUGUAAAAGCCAAGGGAAACCAACCAAAGAAGUGGAAAUUUUGUGCCUCCGCUAUCACGAAAAAAGAAAAUAUAGCUGCAAUUAUGAGCGAAACUCAAAAGAUUUCAUUCUCCAAGCCAAGAAACUGCACGAUUUUUUUAAUGGCAAUCCCUCUCAUUUCGAACGAGACGGGUUGUCUGAAGCCUUCUAUUUGAACCACUAUGGCAGAUACCUCUCAGAAGACUGUAACAAAAGAGAACAGGCACACGAUCUGCUAAAAGAAGCAAUCUCGAUUUAUGAAGAAGAGCGUAAUUCUACUUUUGACAUUGGCAGAAUUUAUGUUCAAUUGGGCCAUAACUUAAAACAUGAAAAACGAUGCGAGGAGGCGCUCGACUCGUAUACAGAAGCCUUGCGUUUUCGAACCUUUCAUUAUGGAAAACAUUUCCUAACUGCGUUUGCACACAAAGACGUGGCGGAUUGCUAUAUCAUGCUCGAAAAUUUUAUAAAAGCAGAAGAAAGCUACCAGAAAGCAAUUGAACUUCUUGAAGAUAUCGAGAUGGUAGAACAAAAAGAGGCAGUUUCUGUUCUUGGUAACUAUGGAAAAUGCUUGGCAAAGAGAGAGAAAAUAAAGGAGGCUCGAAGAGUAUUGGAGAAGGCAAGACACGUUGCCGCUAACACCAUCCGUGGAAGUGUCAGAGUGAAGGUUGAGGUCAACACCUCUUUAGCACUGCUUUUGUACAACAAAUACCCCGAUGAAACAAAUGAAGCAGACCAACUUUCCAGAGAAGUUUUGACAUGA